UGUUUUUUUCUCUCUUUAAUAAACAGAUUUUCUUAACAUGGCCUUGUUCAUCUGGAUACUGCUGCUUAGUUUAAAGUGCCUAGCUGCCUGUCCUCCAAAGUGUACUUGUGAUGAAUUCGAGGCUGUCCAUUGUCAAGGAUUGAGUCGAGAGGAGCUGAUAGAUCUUGCAACAGUUCAAGAAAAUGCUUCAUAUUGGCUAAAACAUGUCAAGUCACUUGACGUCUCUAACAACAACCUGACUUUUAUUGACCAAAACAUUUUUUUGACUGCGAAAGUCCUCCGCAAGCUCUACUUGCAAGGUAAUAACAUCUUUUUCUUGCCUGCAGGUCCCUUCAGGGCUUUGUCUAAUUUGACAUUGUUAGAUUUGAGUAGCAACAAUAUUGAAUCCUUAUCUUUUGGAUCUUUUGAUGGAAUGGAGAGCUUACAGACAUUAAUUCUCAGUUUAAACCAAAUCUCUUCUCUGCAAAAAGGAGUCCUUGAAGGAGUCCCAGAACUUCAUACUCUUCAUCUGAGCAGUAAUUCAAUUUUUACUAUCGAAGAGGGGGUCUUUGACAAUUCAACAAAUUUAAAAAAACUCUUUCUUGCCAAUAACAGAUUUACAAACCUAUGGGAAGGGUCCUUCCGAGGUGCAAUCAACCUGGAAAUCUUAGAUCUAAGCUCUAAUAAUAUCAGUGCUGUACCGGUGUCUGCGUUUGUUGAUGUUCCUAAGCUAAAGAGCCUAUAUCUUUUUAAGAACGAGCUUGUUAUGGUCCCAUCUGGAGCUUUCACUGCUAUCAGCUCUCUAUACAUUUUAGAUAUUAGUAACAAUUUGUUAUCUGAUGUCCUGGAAGGUGCCUUUCAGGGUCUAACUGAGCUUAAGCGAUUAGACCUAAGCUUCAACUAUAUCAAGGCUUUCUCUCCUUCAGCAUUUACUGACUUGUAUAACUUGUCUGUGCUCAACUUGUACAACAACAGCCUAACUAACUUGUCAUCGGGGGUCUUCCAGAACCUGUUAGCUUUAAGGGAACUGCAUCUUGAUGACAACAACCUUUUACAUGUAUCCCCAGAUAUUUUCAGCAACACACCAAAUCUGUUGGAGCUUCAAAUGGACAGCAAUCUACUUUUGAGUCUUCCUGAUACUUUGUUGUCCCAACUUCAGCAACUGAGGUUUCUUUAUCUUGAUAACAACUUCUUCUCAAGAAUACCACCAUCCUUUUUUCAGCAAGUCACAAACCUGCAAGAACUUCAGCUCCAUCACAAUAAAUUGGUCUCCAUACCCCAUAAUGCAUUCAGCAGCUUGUCAUUCCUGCAACAAUUAUGUCUCAGUCAUAACUCUCUCUUUGAACUGGAGCCCACGCUGUUCCAUGCACUGUUACACUUAAAGGAGCUUUAUUUGAAUAACAAUGACAUCAGAAAUAUAUCGAAAACAAUUUUUCAGAAUCUUACAAAACUACAAAGACUUCAUUUACAUGACAACCACAUUUCUUUGAUUGAGCCUGGGAUCUUUGAUGGACUUGCUUCCCUGAAGGAACUUGACUUAAGCUACAAUGAGCUUUUGAGCUUAGAUCCUCUCAUUUUCCAAAACUUACAAAGCCUCAGAAAGAUCCACCUUAAUAAAAACCGUCUCUUGGUCUUGCCUCCAGGAAUAUUUCAUUCACUCCACUUGUUAAAGAAACUCUAUUUGGAAAACAAUCACCUUUACCAACUUUCUUCUCAUAUAUUCGAUAGUUUAACUCAUCUUCAAGUACUAUACCUUAAUUUCAAUGAUCUCCAAAUGUUUUUAAAUGGCACUCUGGAUCCCCUGGUGUCCCUGAAGAGGAUCUACUUGGGAAACAACCCAUGGGACUGUACCUGCCCUUCUAUUCUGUAUUUACACCAUUGGACCCAGAAGUAUGCCUCAAUCAUUAAAGAUAAAGUUACAUGUUUUUCCCAAAUGAACGUUCUGACUAAAUAUGUGAAACAACUGAAUAUAAUUCCCUCAGAAUGCUCAGGAGCUGAUAUUAUACUGGAUACAAACCAUUUAAAACCUUGGUUUUAUUUGAUUUCGCUAUGCAGUAUGUUACUCUUCUUAUUUUUUGCAAGUUAAUUUUUUAAAAAAUGAUUAAUAUUCAAAUCUGGAACCAAGCUACCCACAACCAAACCCAUUUUGAAAUUUCAGAUAUGAGAUAAUGGAAUACCAGGCUCAAUAUUCAGUCUUGUGUAGGUUAGCAUUAGUUGGAGUCUGGGUCUCAAGUUCAUAUUCUAAAUGUGAAAUCUAUGGAGUCGACUUAUUCUCAGAGAUGUAAUCCUAUAAUGUGGCAAUAAUUUAUCAAACCAUUUGCAUUGCAUUGCAUUAAUACA